AUUGGAACAGAUUAUUCGUACAAACAUGAAAUAGUAUGGAUAAACGCCAUUGGAUUCUUAAUUUUACAUAUACUCGGCUUAUGGGGCCUGGCCAUUGCUCUUACUGGAGGAAUAACGUUCAAAACAUUUAUAUGGUUCGUAAUCGUACUAUUGUUAGCUACAGAGGGCGUUACAAUAGGUGCUCAUCGAUUAUAUACGCAUAAAACUUUUAAAGCAAAGCCGGCUUUAAGAGCUAUUCUAUUAAUUAUGCAAACCAUGGCAGGACAGAACUCAAUGUUCAUCUGGUGUCGUGAUCACCGCCUCCACCACCGCUACUCCGACACCGACGGUGAUCCUCACAACUCUAAGCGUGGAUUUUUCUUCUGCCAUAUCGGCUGGCUCAUGUCGAAAAAACAUCCCUACGUCAUUGAGCUUGGGAGAAGAAUCGAUAUGACUGACUUACAAGCUGACUGGAUGGUUAUGUUUCAGAAAAAAUACUAUUACUAUUUGUACUUAAUUUUCGCUAUCCUAAUACCUGCGUGGGUGCCCGUUUAUUUCUUUGGUGAAUCUUGGCUAAACUCUAUCCUCUUCGUCUACGUUUUCCGCUACAUCUUCGAGCUCAAUGGUACAUGGCUCGUCAACAGCGCUGCGCAUCUCUGGGGCACAAGACCUUACGAUAAGAAUCUUCAACCAGUGGAAUCCUGGUUCGUGUCAUUCAUCAGCCUGGGCGAGGGCUGGCACAAUUACCACCAUGCAUUCCCCUGGGACUACAAAUGCGCUGAACUCUCGGAACUAUUCAAUUACUCUGCAAAAAUUAUAAAAUUCUUCGAAACUAUUGGAUGGGCAUCCGAUUUGAAAGUCGCUUCUCCGGAACUGGUUAACAGCAGAAUCUCACGAGCUGGAGAUGGUACUCACUACAAAUUUGGUAACGAUGAAGCAAAGGCGGCUGUACAAGUGAUAGGACCCCUUCACCCUUUGAAUCCCUUCUACAAUGUUACUUAUGAACCUCCUUCUGGUGUAUUGAAACAAGAAGGUCUCCCACUUUACCACGAAAAAGACGUUUUCAAUUUAGAGAAUAACAGCUUGAAAAGCAGGAGUACUGUGAUCGGCUAAAUGCGAAAUUAAAUUGACGUAACUGCUGGCUCGACGAACUGCACAACGUGGCUCAACGGGGGCACAUUGUAAAGACUCGUAACAUGUAUAAGUAUUCAAAACAUUAUAUGAUAAUAGAACACCUAGUUCUGUACACUAAUUUAUAGUUACUAAAUAAUAUAUUGUAACGUAGAUGGUAAAAUCUUUCAAUCUACGUUUAAAAUCGUAUUACUAAAGUAAAACCCGGGCUUGCCGAAAAUCAUCGCCACGAAACUGUUUAAAAAUAACCGUUUGUGGCUAAAGCUGAUCAAGUCCCGAUUGCACCAGUCGCGACACGCUUGACGGUGAAUUAAGUACUGCAUUAUUAAUUGUUUUAAUCCAGUAAUCAGUAUCAAUUCUUUUAAUUUAAUUUUUUUUAUUGUUAUUAUUAUAUCAUUAUUUAUUUAGAUUCCUGCCUCUCCAAGGGCCUAUAAGAUUAAUUUUGAAUUGUUGUUAUUGUUGUUAUUAUAAUUAUUGUUCCACUGUUGUUUUGUCUUUUGAUUACCUGCGAGACAGGCCUAGCCUAGUGCAGGAAUCAUUACGCAAUUCUCUCUGCUUGCGAUUUACGCUACAAUUAAGUUGUGUUCCUUGAUUAAGUCAAUUCAUUUUAAAUGUAAUGUA